CGUCAUUAAUUAAUGCAUUUUGAGUAAAUGUAUGUGAAAUUUCUUAGUGGUAUUUUACCUAUCGACCAAACUUUAUCGCCUGUGUUCAGAGCGCAACUAGAGACCUCUGUUGAGUUACUAUCACACUUCGCAUUGCUAGCCUGGAAGGCCAAUGCUCUACUCGUACUAGUAGAGCCGGUAAUUCAGACUUCUCUGAACGCAAAUUGUGCAUACAAUGCUCGCUCUAGAACAAAUGAAAGUGAGCCCAAUAAAUACUUGUUAUUUCUCUUUACGUGCCUUUUUAGUGGCCGAACGGAGAAGCAGGCGCAGAGAGAUGCGCAGUUGCGGAUGCGAAGUCCUCCGCAGUUUACGCGUACGCCAAGCCGGAGGUAUCAACGACGAAUAGUUGAAGGAGCGCAAGACGCUCCCAAAGUUGAAGAAAACGUGAAUAAUGAAAACAUUCCUCCUCAAGAAAUCAAAGCAGUCUCAAUACCCCAGCCAGCCCAGUCGUGAGUACAAUUUCUUUUUAU